AGGUGGUGCGUUCUGUGUUCUGUGCCGCAGCACCGCAUAAUAGACGCAGAAACGCGGGGUGUUAUAGUUGCAUUUGGCCAGCUCAAAUAAUUGCUUUGACUGAUGCUACACGGGCUGCACGCUACACUUUUGGUUGCUUCGUUCGCCGUGGUGAACUGUAGCUUCUGCAGGACUGCAGCUGUGGAGCGCUUGUAGAAUUGGUUCUUCGUGGGGCUUUGAUGUAGUUAUUCUUAAAACUUCAUCGCCACGUCGUACUGACUGAUAAGAAUUGUUAAGUGUUUUUUUAAAGUUAGCCAUGAAGGAGGGAACUCUGUUGCCCGAGGAAACGUUGUUGUUCGACUAUCAAAUCGCCGGCCACGUUCACGGGAACAAAAAAACCAAGUUAGGUCUUCUGAAACACAGAGAUGGGUCCAUCUUGAAGCCUUUGUUGAGCAGUGAUGAGCGCACCCUACGAGAGCACAAGUUUUAUGAAGAGGUUUUUAAAGCUGAACAACCUCUACCAGAGCUGUUGACCCUGAGGACUUUCCUGCCUAAGUACCUGGGAACAUGGAGGACGGACUACCUUGGCCAAGAAGUGGAGUAUCUGCGCUUGGAUGAUGUGACUCGUGAGUUCCGGAGCCCUAGUGUCAUGGAUGUGAAGAUAGGUGCCCAAACAUACGACCCAUUGGCAGAGCCAGAGAAGGUCGCCCUUGAAGAGGCAAAGUACCCAUGGAGUCGGCAGCUUGGUUUUCGUAUUCUUGGCAUGCGGGUUUUUGACAAAUGUGAGCAGAAAUAUCACAUUUACGGAAAAGAUUAUGGCCUCAAGCAAACACCUGACACUAUACUGGAAGCCUUGCAGAUAUUCCUUGGCAUGACACAUCAACAGCCCAACAGCCCAACAUUUCUGCCAGACCUAUUAGUUCAGCUCGAACACAUCAGGCACUGGUUUGAGACUCAGCGUGUUUAUGCCUUUUACUCAAGUUCACUCCUGAUUGUAUAUGAAUCUCUGCCUGAUAGCUCUGAUGAUAAAAAAAUUCACUGUGUGGCCAAAAUGAUUGACUUUGCUCAUGUCUUUCCCACGUCAGAGUGUGAUGAGAAUUACCUAUUUGGAAUUUGCAAGCUUAUUGGUGUACUGCGUGAAAUUGCAGGUCAACAACAUAGAAUGGCACCUUUCAAACAGUUAAAAUAAGUUGUUUUUAUUUCACUGUUACGGGACCUGGAAUAUGUCUUUUCUUAUGUGCAAAAUAUACAGACUGUGAUUAAAAUUUGCCAUUUAUAUAACAGAUGUGCCAAUGUAUGCACUGCAUAUACAUUCUUAUAAUCGCAGAUAACUCUCAUUAUUUUUUCUGCAGCCCACUUAUAUCCUUUUAAAGUCACGUAAAGCCUCAUGACGUACCUUUGAAUCAUUUUUAUUUCCUUCUCAAUAUUACAAAAUGAAAAAAAAAAAAAACUAUAUGGCCAGACUUUAUGAAAACGUUUACAUUUCUGAUUUCAUCGUUCAGGGACACUGUUCUUGUUUUGAAUGUAUAACAGAUACAAAUAGCUUCUCUUUGUUCUCAUUGCUGAAGAAGUGAUGCUGUGCAUGUUUGACAAUUUAGAUUUAUAUGUUUGUGUUAGUUAUGAAAAUUAUUGACUUUGUAACAUAACUUUUUGUCUGCACACUUGUUGGCUUAUGUGGAAAUUUAAAUGCGAUUAUACUAUUUUUUACUUUAUUGAUUCCACAUUGAGCCUCACAACUUCUAGCAUUUAUUACUAUGUAACUGGAUAGCAUGUCAUUCAGUCAUUUCAGAUUUAGGUAAAAGCCUGCAUGAAGGAGGCAGUCAACUGUUGUGAGAACAUCCCUCCAGCUGACAUGCCUAAUGGCCUAUGUUUAGCAUCGUCCAAGAUAGUGUUCUAUGAGACAGGGAGACACAAGAAUGUAGUGCAGUGCUUUGUAUGAAUUCAUUGUUUUUCGCUUUUAUUGUAUUGACUGGUGUAUUACCUUUGGUAAGUUGGCUGACAGACAUUACGCUGCCAUAGGGUUUGUGAAGUUAGUAACGGAUAACAGUAGAGAGAACGAUAACAAAAAAAGGCCGCAGUUGAACCUUAAUGUAACAUACGCGGAUAUGACGAAUUAUCAGAUAUAAUGAAGUAAAUAUAAACUGCUUGUCGUUUGUGUGUAAUGAAUAUGUUUAUGACGAAGGCAUUUGCGUGUUGAAUGCAACUUUGUUAUAACAAGGUUCAACUGUAUAUACACUGUGUCUAUUUUGAAACAGAUCGUGUGAUAUUCAUGUCAAAAUUGUGGAAGCACAUGUGGCAGCUUUACGUCAUUUACAGCCUGCAAAACCUCCAUAAUGGCUCAGAAACAUCCGUCCAAGUGAAACGUCCAUAGCUUUCGCUACAUUAAAAGGCAGCACUUCUUGAAGUCAUGCACAACCCUUGAGAGAUGUGUUCAUGUGACAGCCUUUAGAUCAUAUUCCUGGUAAAUGGUCGUCGAAGUAAUUGUGAACGUCGAGGAUACACAUGUGCAUUAUUGGGGUCACAUAGGAAAACAGCGGAGUAACAUUUACAAACACUUCUCAAAGCAAUUUUUGCAAAAACAGUGAUUGUAACAUCACACAUAAUUAUUUUUUGCUCCUUGUUUAAUUGCUGCAAGGUACUAUUUUCAAUGCCUUAUUAUAGCAACAGUCAUUGUUUCAUUAACUUUUUUGUGCAUGUAUCGUUGACAGAAAAACUGAAGCCAGAAAGCACAAUUAGUAUAUGUGCAAAGCAUCACACAUUUGCAACUGUUUACAGUACCAUUUCGAAUAUUUCUGUCUUGUAUGUGCAACUGUCUGUCCAGGGCAGCCAGACAGGCGAUUGAGUAAAUAGAAUAUUCCCAGGGCCCUUUGUUUCAAGUAAAACUAAAUUUUUCUGAAUUUUUGCAUGCUGGACUGGUUUUAUGAAGACUGGUAGCCACUUCCUGAAAAGAUGGCUUGUAGAAAUUUUAGUCCAAUCACAGUGCAAGCACUUAAUCUCUAAAUGGCUGUGUAAGUAGAGGUGGGCUUUCAUCGACUCUUAAAUGUGUAGAAAGUAUGGUGCCUCAUCUGAAUCGCUUUGUCCAUUUUAUGCCACAGAAAAUUAUCGAUGAGCUCUCAGUGAUAACUGCAUAUAGGUAAUUAAGAUUGGGCUGUAUUAUCACUUUGGAUGAGAUCACAAGUGCAUUGGAUGAAAAUAAUGAAUUUUGUAGUACUAAAGCAUUUAAUUAUUGUUUCACAUAGAUUCCAACAUCUGCAUUGGACCUGCAUAAUUUUUUUCUAAUUGAUGAUCAUGCAAAUGAGCCAAAAGCAGUAAGGACUAAACAGAGGAAGAAACAUCAGAGUUCGAGAUGCUUCAGUGAAGCAAACGUCUCUUACUUCCACAAGAGAGUUACUUUAGCAAUUUUAUUUGUUUAAUAAAACCCGAAUAUCCUGAAGUCAGGAGUCCCGAUUUCUCCUCUAUUAUUAGCUCCAAAUAACUUGCCAAAAUUUUGUACUAAAUUUUCUUCCUUAUCAACUUAAGUUCCUUAAAUACAGAUGAAUUUUUGGCUUGCUACAUGUACUGAGCAGAAAGGUACAUUUAUGGCCGCUCAAUUCAAUCACAUAAAUCAUUAUUACACCAUUCUCCUGGGGUCUAGCGCCCCAUUUAAUUUUUUUAAUGUGAACAGGAGGAGGCAGCUGGUGACCCCACAGACUGGCAUGAAUUUAUGUAUGCCACGUGUCAGUAACAUGCAUGUUGCUGGUCUCACUUCAUUCAAGGAAAAAUCCAUGUGCCAAGUACUUUUUGUGCAAGGAUCUCCUUGAAUUUUGUGCAAUGCUAGCUAGCUGAGCAAAUGUAACGAAACCAAGCCAAGCUGAGGGCAUUAUGCAGCUACGGUGGCAUCUACUGUAAUAAAUAUCACCGUCAUUUUGCUUACAAUUGGAUUUAAUAUGUCAUUGGGAAUGUAGGACGUACAGGCAUUUCUCAAUCCAUGUUUUUCAAGAAACGUGCACUUCAAUGAGUCAAAAACCUGCAGUACCUGGUGUAGGACACAAGUAAAUAUAUAAAAUUAUCUGCCCCUAUUAAGAAAGGCUACUCUUGGGAGCCACAAGCAAUAUUGACCCUUUUCGCGGAGCAGUUUGUUCUCGAGAAACGAAAUGGCACUUUCGGCGGUGCGCCAUAUGUUGCGUCAACGAAUGCACACGAAUACGAAACCAUUACCGCUUCUGCCCUUUUUCCGUGCGAUCAGCUAUCGGAAAUUCAACUGGGUUUUUGCUCACGCACUGUGCUCCAUUCAUGCUGCAAAAUGUGGAGCGGUGGAUUGAAGGCAUCUGCAGUAUUUGGCUGCAAGAAUAGUGGCUGGCAUAUUAAGGAAUAGAAUGAAUAUGUGUGUCCAAGUUCACAGACCAUUGCUACAUACGGACAGCCUCUGUUGCCAGCCCUUCUCAAUGUAAGACAUUCCCCACGGAUAAAAAAAAAUUCACUUUUCACAAAAAUUCCUGUCAGUGUUAUAUUGCUAACAUCCAAAGACUUCAACCCCCAGAACGUCGGCAAGAGUGAGUACCGCUCGUUAAACAAUGACAAAGGGAGUAGCGCUGCUUCCUGGCAUAGUAAGUUUCGCUCACGUUAUCUAUACACAUCUGUCCCAAAUGGCAGGAAAACUUAUGCCCACUCUUUCGCCGACGUAUCAAGAAUAAGUGAAUGGGCGCAUACUUGAAUCAAUGCGCCAAAGCAGGAGUAACAGCGACUAUACGAAUGGUGGAAGCUGAAUGUUUCGUGACGGUCCACAGGAGUAAGCGAGUUACUAGCGAUACUACAUAUGUGCUACAAGCUACUACAAAGAACAGAACAGCUGCAUUACAAGCCUUGUGUGCAGCAAGAACAAAACUUUUGCAACUGAGCACACCCGCAAGCGAUUAGGCAGAAAAUAAUCGGAUAGUGACCGCACUGACGAACUUCACUGAGUCAGAAACGUGACAAGCCGCUGCUUGUAACUAACUGCCAAAUAAAGAACAAAGAAAGAGCAAAACACACUGAUCCUGAUUCAAUUCCCAAGCGGAAAGCUUGGAAUACAUUUUUAGUCUUGUAUACGCUGCAAGCGCUGUUUCGACAAAGCUUAAUGAGCUUCAAAAGCGCUUUUACAUGUCCUCUGAAGCUGUGGCCAAAGCUUUGUGUCGACCACCCAGUCAGCGUCUACGAUAUCUCCCAAAACAGAGGUUUCCUGAGCCGCACCGGCCGUCAUGUACACCAAUUGUAAACACGGAGGCAGCUGAGGCAAGCAAUGGACGCGUCACCAUGUGAUCAAACAUGGCAGCACCCACAGGAUCGCUGCGAAAAGGGUCAAUACUGUUCCCUUGAUAAGGCAGGCAAUUUGAAGUUUCCUGUUUAUCGACAUGUUUUGCCAGAAUUCGCAGUGGACAACCUUUUUGUGCACACCCUUUUGUACACUGUGUCAUGAAUAGACAUCACAAAGGCAUUUUUCUUGUAAUAAAAUCUAGAAAGCAACACAAAAAUACGUCUGACAGUAAUUUUACAAGACUAGUGCCAACGCAUUUAGAAUUGGCCUAGCUUUUUACUCCAUAUUUAUUUUCUUCCGAUAAAGAUAUUUUAGUACAACAGGUUCUCAUGCCUUAGUUUUAGAUCAAAUAUGGUUCACCCUUCUGUGCAUCUCACUGUAUUUAUUUAAAAAUUUAGCAUUUCCCAAUGUCUGCUGCACUUCUUUCAUCACCAUUCUGGUUAGCGCUCAACUCGGUCGUUCAGGUUAUAGGAGGCAAUGUAAAUUGUGCAAUUUAUAACUUGUACACACUAGGUGGUUUCAGAAAAAAUUUUAUCGUUGGUAUCAGCAUGGUUACAGAAAAUCUAGCGUAACAGCACAAAUAUUUAAUUUCAUUUCGACGACCUUAUGCCACGUGGCAACCCAGGCAAAUAAAAUAAGUCAACUGUUACAUCUAAACUUAAAUCUUGCUAAAAUGAGACCACACAUGUAUUACUGUGUAAAUGUUAAAUGUCAUUACAUGGAUACAUUCCAUGACGUUAGACCUCGCAGCCUCAUGUCAAGUGUUCAAUCUCUACACAUUUCAUUCAAGCACGGAGCCUACAAAAGCAGCUGUGCUCGGACAGUGCAAAGAAUCGGAGCAAGGCUGCACUUUGCAUGUACACGUAUGUGUCUGUAGCUUCAAGCCGUCAUUUGUGAAACCUGAUUAGUGCUUGUGUGCUGCUGCCUCGGUGUGCUGUUUUUCUGUGCAUUAAAAUAUGCCCAAAGCA